UUGUAACGUUUUGAUUUUUUAAGAGUGAAGUGUCGUGGAUAUGGAGGGAAAUAUUGAGCGUGAUUGCAGCGCUCUUGGAGGGUUGUUUCAACAAAUCAUUACGGAUAUGAAGAAUGGGACACCACUUUGGGAAGAUUUAGUAACAAAGGCCACAAAAUUACAUACAUGCUUACGAGUCGCCAUUCAAGCAAUAUCAGCCUAUUUGGAUGCCUUCCAAAAAAUAGCUGAUGCUGCAACAAAUGCACGAGGUGCAACCAAAGAAAUUGGAACAGCUUUAACCCGGAUUUGUUUACGACAUAAAGCAGUUGAAGCUCGUAUGAAGACAUUUACAAGCGCUAUCAUGGAUUGUUUAGUGGUACCUUUACAAGAAAAAUUAGAAGAUUGGAAAAAAGCUGUUGUUAAUUUAGAUAAGGAACAUGCAAAAGAUUACAAACGAGCCCGAGCCGAAUUGAAAAAACGUUCCACGGAUACAUUACGUUUACAAAAGAAAGCAGCCCGAAAAAGUGUUACAGGUAGUUUAAAAAGUAAUCCAACACCAGAUUUACAACGACGUGUUGAAUGUUCGUUACAAGAUGUUACUGAACGUAGACAAUUAUUAGAGGAAACGGAAAAACGUGCAGUACGUGCCGCAUUAGUUGAAGAACGUAGUCGAUUUUGUUUAUUUGUUGGAUUCUUGAAACCAGUUGUUGACGAAGAAGUAGCUAUGUUAUCCGAAUUAACACAUUUACAAGAUGCUGUGGAAGCACUAGAAAAGCAUACAACCGAUCCAUACAGUGUACCUCCAGCAAGUGAACAAGUUAUAAUUGAUACACGUGGACAGAAUCAUAACCCAGAUGGAACUUGGACAUUCCGACAUACACCACCAUCAUCACCUAGUUCGUUAGGCUCACGAAAAUCUAGUAUGUGUAGCAUCAGCUCGUUGAAUAGUUCAUCAAGUGGUAGCUCAAAAUCUCAUCGAUCUUUGUCACAGCAUCCUGUAGGACGUCUCCUUCCUGGUCGUCUACCUUCCGUGUCCAGUCGUGAUUCCGGGUUUACAUCCCAGGAUACUUUGUAUCCAAGAUCUUCACAGGUGUCCAAUAUAUCAGAAUGCAGUGAACAUACAGUGAAUUCAGCACUUCCAAAUUCAACAGCGACAUGGCCAAAUUUACAAGAAACAAUGCAAUUCGAACGGGCUGCUUCGGCAAUAGUUAAUGAUCGACCACAUACUAUCUCGUCUGCAUACGAAAAAGGACAUCAACGUCCCGGUUUAACUGUUUAUACAUUCCAAGCUCCUGAACAGAGUCAUUCACAACCAGCAAGUCCAACAAGUGGACAAACAUUACAAAGUAAUACAACAACUUCCAGGUCAACAACUCAGAUUAACAGUAAACAACAGCCAAUUUAUGCUCGUCCUCCAUUACCGACUCGAUGUUCAUCCUUGGAACGGCCUAAUGUUCCUGCAAAAAGUAUUGCACAAGGUGUUCGUGUUCUUCCACCGACUGGUCUUUUAGAACAUAAAUUAUUUGCAAAACCAAGCUCACUGCCAGCUCAUAUUACAAAAGAUGUGCCUCAACCCACUUACGUCAAUAUGCAUGAUUUAGCAAAUUUAGCAGCAAAUAAAGCUCAAGAACUACUACCUCCACCACCGCCAGAAUUCAGUACAUCGUCAACAAUGAAUUCAACUACAACAAUAGCCGUGGAAAAUAGUAAAACAUCGACGCCUGCUGGAGCAGCUGUACCUGCAACACAAGAAGGCGAAAAGGAUGGGAGUACAAGUGAGAGCUCUUUAGAAUCAUCUAGUGGCUACGGAAGUCAAACAACAUUUCCAGUUGACGAUAAUGGUGUAUCCGGUGAAGAUUAUUCGUAUAACAAGUAUUGCACCCUACCUCGACAUACUACUGAAGUGAUCACUGCAACCAUGACGAUGCCAAGACGACGGCCACUUUCAAUGUCAGCUCUCUAUUCAUCAAGUACAAUUCGUAACACACUUCUUCGUCGCGGUUCAAUUCAAGGUAUUCGUCCACCACCGCCUGUGCGUCGUACAUCGUCAAUUUCAUCCACAACACGAUUAUCACCAGUUGGUAGCCUUGAAAACUUACCACCGCCUCCAGCAUUCUUGUUAGAAGGCAGUGCAGCUGGUUCACCACCAGCCGUUACGAAUGCAUCAACACCAUCACGACCUGGUAUAAAUGUUGCCGAAACUGUUAAAGCAUUGACUGAAUUAAAACAUACACCAGCAAGUCCUGGUGCUACACGACGUAAUUCUCAAAUUCAACAGCAACAACAGCAACCGCAAUCACCAGUAGUAGCAAAUCAACCAAUUCCAGCUCAAAAUGUUCCACAAUUUAGUUCAUUCCAGCCACAGCAACCAAUUAAAGUACAUCACAAUAGUAUUUAUGCACAACCUAAUCAGGUAAUUCGUAUAAAUCCAAAUAGUAGUCCAAAUGCAAUACGGCGAAUAACAUCGACACGAUCACAAAGUGCUGAUCGUCAACCAGUGGUAAGUGGUGUAGGAUCAAGUUUUAUAGCUGCACUUAGUGCUAAACUUGCGCCAUCAUUAAGUCCACGUAAUUCACGUCGUCAUUCGGAAGAUCAAAUACAAUUUCCAAAUACAAAUAUAUCAACAACACAUCAUCUUAAAUCAUCUGUGGGUGCCACACAAGGAUUUUUAGAUACAUUAAAUGCAAAAUUAGCACAAAAUCAUGGAUUAACACAACAAAAAGCGUUUAAAAUUCGACAGCUUAUUAAUAGUCGUGCGCAGCCGGAUCCAACUGUGUGCCACGAGUCAUUAAUGGAUCAGAUAAAACGUGGUGCCACUUUACGUAAAGCUGCAAGAGUAAAUGAUCGUUCAGCGCCAAAAAUUCGUUAAACAUAAU